GGUUCUCGAAACCAGAACAGUUAUUCGUGGAUUGUAGUACAAUCAGUCCAGAGAGUUCUAAAAAAGUUUCAGACAUGGCUAAUCAGAAAGGUUGUAAAUUUCUAGGGGCACCCGUUUCAGGAGGAGUGGUGGGUGCAGAGAACGGCACCCUAACGUUCAUGGUGGGCGGAGACGAAAGCACGCUGACGGCGGCUGAACACUUACUCGAUUCCAUGGGGUCCCGGUGGGUGUACUGUGGACCGGCCGGUUCGGGGCUGGUCGCCAAGAUAUGCAACAACAUGAUACUCGGCAUGACCAUGGCGGCGGUGGCCGAAGCGAUGAACCUGGGUAUUAAGCUGGGCAUGGAACCUAAGGUUCUGGCUUCCGUCAUCAACACGAGCACAGGAAGAUGUUGGGCAUCCGAAAUCAAUAACCCCGUGCCUGGAGCCAUCGAGAAGCAGAUUCCCAGUAACAACGAUUAUUUGGUACGAAUCACAGCGCCUAAGCGUCUUAAAUUACUCAUUCAGAUUCUUUGCAUAACAUUCUUUUCUAAAUUUGGUCUGUGAUAUUUUUGAUCGGACCAAAAACAUCAAACUGAACGAAAUCAUUCACCCAAAUACUUAAUAAUACUUUCUCACGAUCGUAUUCUAUUUUAUAACCCAAUGGCGCCGUACGGGUAUACAACCUACAAAUCACCAGUUCAAAUCAGUUCUAUCGGCUAUCUCCGUGACUCAGUGAUAGC